AUGACCACCUUAGUAGUAGACAAUGGAACUGGAUUUGUUAAAUGUGGAUUUGCAGGAGAAAAUUUCCCAACAGCCAUCUUUCCAUCAAUGAUAGGAAGACCUCUUUUAAGGUCUGAAGAAAAAAUUGGUGGAGUUGAAAUUAAAGAUGUUAUGUUUGGAGAUGAAGCAGCUGCUGUAAGACAAAAUCUUCAAAUUACUUAUCCAUUAGAAAAUGGAAUUAUUAAAUCAUGGAAUGAUAUGGAAUUAUUAUGGAACUAUACAUUUAAUGAAAAAUUACAUGUUGAAACUAAUGGCAAAUCUAUUUUAUUAACUGAACCACCAAUGAAUCCACAACAAAAUAAAAAGAAAAUGGGUGAAAUUAUGUUUGAAAAAUUUGGAUUUAAUAGAGUGUAUGUUGCUGUACAAGCUGUUUUAGUCUUAUAUGCACAAGGUAUUAUGACUGGUGUAGUUGUAGAUUCAGGAGAUGGAGUUACACAUAUUAUUCCAGUAUAUGAAGGAUGUGACUUACCAUCAGUUAAAAGACUUGAUGUUGCUGGUAGUGAUAUUACUAGAAGACUUAUUGAACUUCUUCUUAUCAGAGGAUAUUCAUUUAACAGAACAGCUGAUUUUGAAACUGUUAGAAUGCUUAAAGAAAAGUUUUGUUAUGUUGGGUAUGAUCUUGCUGUUGAAAAUAGACUUGGUACUGAAACUACUGUUCUUAUGCAACAAUACACACUUCCUGAUGGAAGAGUUAUUAAACUUGGACCAGAACGUUAUAUGGCACCAGAAAUUUUAUUCAAUCCAUCAUUAAUUGGUAGAGAAUCACUUGGUAUUCAUCAUUGUCUUUUUGAUUCAAUUAAUCAAUGUGAUUUAGAUCUCAGAGCAGAACUUUAUAAACAUGUCCUUCUUUCUGGUGGAACUUCAAUGCUUCCUGGUUUACCUUCACGUUUAAAGAAAGAAGUUCUUCAAUUGUACGAUGAAAAUGCUGCUGCAACUCUUAAAAAAGGAUCUGCAUCAGUUACUUCUCGUUCAGGAAAUACUGGUAGUAAUGUUAAGAAAGCUAGUGUUCAAAUUGUUAUUGAAGAUCCACCAAGAAGAAAGCAUUUAGUUUUCCAAGGUGGUGCUGUUUUAGCUAAAGUUAUCGAAGAUAGGGAUGAGGCUUGGGUUACAAAGGCUGAAUAUGAUGAAAGAGGUGCAGAGGCUAUGUUGAAGAGACCUGGUUUCUAA